UCACUGAAGUCGCACAUUCAUUUGGAGUCAUGCCAACAUAAACAUCGGGUCAGCAGCGGGGAUUGUUAGGACUCGUUUAGCAAUUCCACGAAUGAUGUAAUAACUGGUAUUAAAACGUGUGGGCUGUCAAGCACAAAAUGAUCGCGCGUACUGUAUCCAAUCGGCUCUCUGGUUCCUGCAUCCAUCUCUCUCAGUUCGACUCCAGCGUUUAGCCGACAUGCUUGGAAUCUGUGUGUGCCUCUGUGCCAUCUUGUCUCCCGUCCUCACCGACCCUCAGGAUGCAGAGGAGCCAGUCAUCUAUUCGUGUACGGAUGGGUAUCAGUAUGAUCCUAUUCGGGAGCAAUGCAAAGACAUCGACGAGUGCGCCCUGGUGGAGGACGCCUGUAAGGGCGGCAUGAUGUGCAUCAACCACUUCGGCGGCUACCUCUGCCUGCCCCACAACUCCCAGAUCUACGUCAGCAACAGCCAGGACCAGGGCGCGCAGACGGACACCGUCCGCCCCGUCGUACCCCCUGCCGUGGUUCCCCGUCCGGGCAUCGUGUCCCCCGGCGGUGCCGGUGUCGUUGCCGGGACCGGGGCCGGCGCCGGGGGCGGGGGCGGGGGCGGGGGCGGGGUCUAUCCGGGGCCCAGGGCCGUCAGCUGCAGCCUGGGGUUUGCUGUGGAUGAGCAGAAUGUCUGCAGAGAUAUCGAUGAGUGUGCGACGGGCCGACACUCGUGCGGCCCUGAGCAGACCUGCCUGAACACCAGGGGGUCCUUCACCUGCCAGUGUGGACAGGGCUACCUCAGGAACAGUGACCAGUGUGUCGACAGGGACGAGUGUCUCCAGUCCCACUUCUGCAUGCACCGCUGUGUGAACCUCCCCGGGUCCUACCGGUGUGAGUGCAACACGGGUCACAAGCUGGCCAGCAACAACCACAGCUGCGUGGACGUGAAUGAGUGUGAGCUGCAGAGCCCCUGCCAGCACCAGUGUUACAACCUGCUGGGCUCCUUCCUCUGCCAGUGUCACCAGGGUUAUGAGCUGGCGGGAGACACCGUUUCCUGUCAAGACAUCGAUGAGUGCAGCUUCUCCAGCUACAUGUGUCAGUACCAGUGUAUCAACACCCAAGGGAGCUACACCUGCCAGUGUCCGGACGGCUACCAGCUCCACGGAGCCAGGCUGUGUCAAGAUAUAAACGAGUGUGAGAAAGGCACCCAUGACUGCAGGGAGGACGAGAUGUGUUGGAACUACUAUGGAAGUUUCCGCUGUUACCCCAGCAACCCUUGCCUGGAGCCCUACGUCAGGACCGGCGAGAACCGCUGUAGCUGCCGCUCCCAGACAGACUGCCAGGGCGUCACGCCCUCCAUCAUCUACAAGUACAUGAGCAUCCAAUCGGAGCGCCCCGUGCCGUCGGACAUCUUCCAGAUCCAGGCGACCAACAUGUACGCCAACACACACAACACCUUCAGGAUCAAAUCAGGCAACGAGGCCGGAGAGUUCUUCCUCAGGCGCUCCAGCAACAUGAGCGCCAUGCUGGUGAUGACCAAGCCCCUGAGCGGGCCCAGCGAGCACGUGGUGGACCUGGAGAUGAUCACCCAGCACAUGACCAUGAACUACCGCUCCAGCUCCCUGCUGCGGCUCACCGUCAUCGUGGGGCCGUACGCCUUCUAAGCACAUAGCUUGCCCACAGCCUGCCCCCCUCGCCAAGGGUCCUGCCAGGCUAGCCCCUAGCCCUGUCAAGAAACAGCCCCACAGCUCAGCAGUACAGAUAGAUUCAUAACCACAACCGUCAGACUCUCCAGCAAAGCUUUUUCCUUAAACCGCAGAAACAUCCAAAACACCCGAAUCAGACCAGGACAAUCCAAUCCAGAACAGGCCAGAGGCCGAGCCAGUUGGUUCUAGAACAUUCCAGAUCAAGCCAGUCAAUGGCCAAGCAUUCCAGUACAGGCCAGAAUGUUCCAGGUCCUGACCAAGCCAAUCGAAGCCAGUCCAAACCAGAGUAAGGCCAGAACAAGCCAUGUGUCCACUAGGCUUUUUCUUUGGUGCAGGGUGAAUUAAAUUAUUUUACCCCUGGAAUGAAAUCCUUUUAAAGUGUGUAGCAUGGAUGCUUCAUAGCACUUGUGAAUCUAGGUCCAAAUACAUCUCAGAUAAAGCACACUUACCAAGCAUGGGAGCAAGUUUAUCGGCUGUAUUGCAGCUAGUGAAUAGGGAAAGAUUUUAUAAAAGAGACCCCAGCCCCCAUGACAAUGAAUGACAAUGAAUUGGACACACAUCCAAACAGGGAUGCAUGUAUUCCCAAUCCAAACUCCCAGACCUCUUCAUAUUUACCUUAAGCAGCUGUAAAUAUAAUAUAUAUAUGCUUCUCUUAAACAGCACUAACUAAUAGCUUACCCCUGGGUCAAUAGUGAUAUUCAAAAGCCUCUUCUAGACUUAGAAUGAAAAAUUACCAGGUGCAUUAUAGGUCAACUUAAAAUAUAAAUGCAGCACGUACCAGUGAAAGUGUUGCUAGCACUUGCUUGCCCUUUCAUUCUUUGUCAAUGAAAUGCCUUUUAUUCAAGAAUGGAGGAGUCUAUUAUACAGUUUCCCCAUUCAGUCUAGGAAAGUUGCCUGUGUUUAUACUCGGGAGUAAUCAUUUCCAGAGCUGUCCAAAAGGGUAGAAUUGUAUUCUCUGGGGUCCUGCUGUUAUAAAUAAUAGUACCUUCUUUGUGACAACAGGCUUGCAUCCAAUAACCUCUCAUUCAUCAUCAAUUCAUGCGUAUAUGGGCCCGUGUUUCUGCGUGUGUGAGUGAUGGUGUGUUGCGGUGUGAUAUGGAAUAAUGGAUGAUAAUGAAAGAUUGAGGGAAAGUUUGAGAAGUUUUCUCCAAUCCCCCCCCAGGCCCUUUUCGUUGGGUAGAUGUCGCUGAUCUGUUUAUGUAUUUCUGUCAUGCCAUUUUAUUAACCUUUGGUUAUGAAUCUUUCCUGAACUCUAAAUGUUUGCUCAACGGCUCUUUGGGCCACAGAGGCACUCACACACUCACGCCAGAGAACACGCUCACCAAAUGAUGGCAUACGUAAGAAAAAAAAAAAAAAAGCUUGGCUCCCCGCUUCUCCUAGCUCAUGUUUUAAAAAGCCACCACGGACCACCGCACAGGGGCCACAGUCAACAAGUCCACUUGGCUCCAGAGUCCAUGCCAGUCCACCGAUUACGUCCGUGCUUGCCUGACGGCGAUAUUAACACGCGUGGCCCCCAGUAGCUGGCUCUCACCAAACACACGCCAGGGGAUCGCGAAAGAGUUCACACGGAUAAUACUCCACCAGCACUCCUGACGCGGGCCGACUGCCUAGAACUAUCGAUCACUGUGUCUUCUUCGUUCUUUUCCCGCACAGCUUUUGUCUUGUCGAUGACACAUUAAUAUUGCACACUGUAGACAAGUAGCACUGAAAAAAAAGGAAACAUGCCCAACUACUCGCCACUCUCUUUUGUUUAUUUUCCUGGAAUUAUUAAUUUUGUUUUCCUGUGACCAGCUGUGAGCAUGCGUUAUUGUUCAACAUGGAACCUGUGCCUUAUAAGUAUACACGAUGCAACUAGCAGGCUUAUUUAGUCAUUCUGCCAGCUCUGUUAUUAAAAACAUUCAAAUAAGUUCAUUUCAAAUACCUAAAUGUGUUUGUUUUUUGUAUCUCUCCUGUAUUUAAAAUAGCCAAUAUAUUUUUUUUUCCACUUGUAUCUUGAACUGAACACUCGUAGGAGCAAAAAAUUAUGAUGUUGAAUAAAAUAUGAUGGAAAAGGGGA